CCUGUGUGUUUUUUACUGUCUUGUAGAGGUGUGAACAGCUCCCUUCUGUUACAUGAGGCUGAGUUUUAUGGCAUUACUCCACUAGUGAGACGCUUACAGCUGUGUGAGGAGUUGGAACGCUCUUCAUGCGGCAGCGUGCUGUUUAAUGGAUACCUCCCACCCCCAGUGUUUCCGGCUAAAAGAAGGAAUCGUCACAGUGUUUCUGGGCUGCAGGUCGGCUCUAGAGGUGGAGGGAGUGAGCGGGCUCCUGUACGAAGGAGUAACACAAUGCCCCCCAACCUGGGGGGUGCUGGGAUCCUGGGGCGCUUUUUAGAAGAUAGAAAUUAUGGGAUUUCAGGAGGAACGCCCAGUGACCCAGGGAUGGUGAGGAUCAUCUGCGGACAUCAUAACUGGAUUGCAGUGGCUUUUGCUCAAUUCAUUGUCUGUUACAGAAUGAAGGAGACCUCUGGCUGGCAGCUGAUUUUCACAAGCCCCUGUCUUGACUGGGUGAUUGAACGAGUGGCUCUUAAUGCCAAGACUGUCGGAGGAUCGCUGGGUGACCAUGAUAAGAUGCUGGCCGUCUCCUCUUGCACUGAGAUCAUUCUGUGGGCCAUCCCUGGUGAUGGUACUGGAAGUGAAAUAGGAGUGUUUACCCUUGGGGUGCCAGCGGAAGCUUUGUUUUUUGUGGGCAAUCAGUUAAUAGCCACAAGCCACACUGGAAAAAUUGGGGUGUGGAAUGCUGUGACCAAACACUGGCAGAUCCAAGAUGUAGUGCCGAUCAACAGCUAUGAUACAGCUGGCUCCUUCCUGCUACUGGGUUGUAACAAUGGAUCCAUCUACUAUGUAGAUGUCCAGAAAUUUCCCCUGCGCAUGAAGGACAAUGACUUGCUUGUUACGGAGCUUUACCGUGAUCCAUCUGAAGAUGCCAUCACUGCACUUAGUGUCUACCUCACACCCAAAACAAGUGACAGUGGUAACUGGAUCGAGAUAGCCUAUGGAACAAGUUCUGGUGUUGUAAGAGUUAUUGUUCAGCAUCCAGAGACUGUUGGGUCUGGUCCUCAGCUAUUCCAGACAUUCACAGUUCACCGUAGUUCUGUGACCAAAAUAAUGCUGUCGGAAAGACACCUGAUCUCAGUUUGUGCAGAUAACAACCAUGUGCGCACCUGGACCGUCACUCGCUUCCGUGGUAUGAUCUCCACCCAGCCUGGAUCCACUCCUCUAGCAUCAUUUAAAAUCCUUGCUCUAGAAGAUAUUGAUGGGCAUGCUGGCUGCAGUGCUGGGAAUGAUAUUGGGCCCUUUGGAGAGAGAGAUGAUCAACAGGUCUUCAUCCAAAGAGUGGUUCCGGAUUCUAACAUUGUUUAUGCCCGCUUGUCUUCCACUGGGAAGAGAAUCUGUGAAGUUCGCUCUGUGGAUGGAACCCCCAUUACCUCCUUCACAGUUCAUGAAUGUGAUGGAUCAAGCCGUAUAGGCUCUCGCCCACGGCGCUACCUCUUCACUGGCCAUGCCAGUGGCUGCCUUCAAAUGUGGGAUCUGACUACUGCUAUGGAGGUGGUAAACAAAGGGGAGACGGGUGCAGAACAAGGGGGACUCACUCAGAAAGAGCUGCUGGAACAGCUGGAGCAGUGUGACCUGGCUCUGACCCGCACCCCUGAAAUAAGCCCUGCCACAUCAUUCAGUCACAGUGCCAACCCUCGCGCAUCAAUUGCCAGCUUGCAGUCUCAGCUGAGUGACAGCAUGCGAGAUCGAUUCUCCAGACUUAUGUUAAGCUCCUCUCAACGCCCCCAGGUUGCAUCAACUCGCUCUACAGAAGGUUGGGCCUCUAUGUGCAGCUUGCAGCCACACAUAUCUGGGAGUUUCAGUUCUUUGCACAAGUCAGACUCCCUCCCUCGAUCCAGCAUGAGAUCCAGUAAAACACAGAGCUGCCAGUUAAGGGCAGAGGGCCAGACGUCCGCUGCAGUUUCCGAUCCACCGUCUCCCCGCACCAGUGGCAGUUUUGUGGAACGCUGUCAAGAGCUUGCACGUAACACAGAAUCACACCAGUUAGACUCACGACGUUCCAGCACAGAAGUGGCAACCACCAGGAUGAAUUCGCCACGAUCAUCUACUCCAGCAGUUAGGCGGCCAGUUUCACCGGCCCCUCCACCACCCCCACCUCUUUGUGUAGCACCAUCAUCACCUUCUUUAACCUCUUCAACAGACAUCUCCACAUCUUCACCCUCUCCUCCAAAAAUUCCACAGAAGCCUAGGCUAAACGAGACAUCAUUUUGACAGUGGCUGUAUUGCAGAAGAUUACUCUGAUGGGCUUGAGGAAGGUUAGGUUAGG